GGCGGGGGCGCGGGUCGGAGUGCGGCGGCGGCUGCGGGCCGGUCUGUGCGGCCGGGCAGUUGGCAUCGCUGCGGGCGCUGGGCGCGGCGGGCCGGGUGACGCGGGGCCGGGCGCCGCCGCGCCGCCGCGAUCAUGUCGGAGCCGGCGCCCGAAGUUCCGGAGGAUCUGUUCCGCGAGGUCAAGUACUACGUGGUGGGCGACAUCGACCCGCAGGUUAUUCAGCUUCUUAAAGCUGGGAAAGCCAAGGAAGUCUCCUACAAUGCCCUGGCCUCACACAUCAUUUCAGAGGAUGGAGACAACCCGGAAGUGGGAGAAGCCCGGGAGGUCUUUGACUUGCCUGUUGUAAAGCCUUCCUGGGUGACUCUGUCCGUGCAAUGUGGUGCUCUCCUGCCAGUCAAUGGUUUCUCUCCAGAGUCCUGUCAGAUUUUUUUUGGACUCACUGCCUGCCUUUCUCAGGUGUCGUCUGAGGACAGAAGUGCCUUGUGGGCCUUGGUUACGUUCCACGGGGGCAGUUGCCAGCUAAACCUCAACAAGAAGUGUACACAUUUGAUUGUUCCAGAGCCAAAGGGGGAGAAAUACGAGCGUGCUGUCAAGAGAGCAAAUAUCAAGAUUGUCACCCCUGACUGGGUCCUGGACUGCGUGUCUGAGAAGAGCAGGAAGGACGAAGCCUUUUACCAUCCCCGUCUGAUCAUCUAUGAAGAGGAAGAGGAGGAGGAGGAGGAGGGGGACAACGAGGAGCAGGACUCUCAGAACGAGGGCAGCACUGAGGAGAAGUCGAGUGUAGCCAGCUCUCCAGAAGCCUCUCCUGCUGAGCAGCCGUGCUCUCCCAAGCCCAGGGCCGAGGUGUCUAAAGGGGAGUUGAUGUUUGAUGACUCUUCUGAUUCUUCCCCCGAGAAGCAGGAGCGGAGCUUGAACUGGGCCCCUGCGGAAGCCCCGCCACUCACCACGGCCCAGCGCAGGCUGCCUCAGGGAAAAGGGCCAGGACUCAUUAACCUGUGUGCCAAUGUGCCACCUGUCCCAGGGGACAUCCUGCCUCCUGACAUGCGGGGUAACUUGAUGGCUGCUGGACAAAACCUCCCGAGUUCUGAGCGAUCAGAAAUGCUAGGGACCUGGAGCCCAGCUGUCCGGACGUUACGAAACAUCACAAACAAUGCGGACAUCCAGCAGAUCAACCGUCCGUCCAAUGUUGCACAUAUCUUACAGUCCCUUUCAGCACCCACAAAAAACCUAGAGCAGCAGGUGGCGCACGGCCAGCAGGGACACCCCACUGCUAGUACUGUGCUGUUUGGCCAGCCUAAAGGUGCUCCCGAGACACACGUGUUGCAGCAGCACCAUCCUCCCCAGCAGCCACCGCAGCAGCACCCAGUCCUGCACCUCCAGCCUCAGAUCAUGCAGCUCCAGCAGCAGCAGCAGCAGCAGCAGCAGCAACAGCAGCCGCCACAACAGCAGCAGCCACAGCCACAGCCUUACCCCCAGCCGCCAUCACAUCAGUUCCCACAGCAAGUCCAUCAGCAUCAGUUUUCUCAGCAGCAGCUCCAGUUUCCACAGCAACCAUUACACCCUCAGCAGCAGUUGCAUCGCCCUCAACAGCAGCUGCAGCCAUUUCAGCAGCAGCAUGCCCUGCAGCAGCAGCUCCAUCAGCUGCAGCAGCAGCAGCUCCAGCAGCACCAGUUAGCACAGCUCCAGCAGCAGCAACAGCAGCAGCAUAACCUUCUCCAGCAGCAGCAGCAGCAGCAGCAGCAGCUCCAGCGCUUGCACCAGCAGCAACAGCAACAGCAGCAGAUGCAGAAUCAAGCAGCACACUUGAACCAAACGUCCCAGGCACUACAGCACCAGGUUCUACCCCAGCAGCCCCUGCAGCUGCCCCUGCAGCCCCCACCUCAGCAGCAACAACAACAACAGCAGCAGCAGCAGCAGCUUUUUGGACACGACCCCGCAGUGGAGAUUCCAGAAGAAGGCUUCUUGCUAGGAUGUGUGUUUGCAAUUGCGGACUAUCCUGAGCAGAUGUCGGAUAAGCAGCUGCUGGCCACCUGGAAAAGGAUAAUCCAGGCACACGGUGGCACUGUGGACCCCACUUUCACGAGCCGAUGCACACACCUCCUCUGCGAGAGCCAAGUCAGUAGUAUGUAUGCACAGGCACUACGGGAGAGAAAGCGGUGUGUCACUGCACACUGGCUCAACACAGUCCUGAAGAAGAAGAAGCUGGUGCCACCCCAUCGAGCCCUGCAUUUCCCUGUGGCAUUCCCUCCUGGGGGCAAACCCUGUGCACAGCAUAUUAUCUCUGUGACUGGAUUUGUUGACAAUGACAGAGAUGACCUCAAGUUAAUGACAUACCUGGCGGGUGCCAAGUACACUGGGUACUUGUGUCGCAGCAACACGGUCCUCAUCUGUAAAGAACCAAGUGGCUUGAAGUAUGAGAAGGCCAAAGAGUGGAGGAUCCCCUGUGUGAAUGCACAGUGGCUUGGGGACAUUCUGCUGGGGAACUUCGAGGCCCUGCGGCAGGUGCAGUACAGCCGGUACACAGCCUUCAACCUUCCGGACCCUUUUGCGCCUACUCCACACUUGGUCUUAAGUCUUCUAGAUGCAUGGCGGGUCCCAGUGAAGGUGACUGCGGAGCUAUUGAUGGGUGUAAGAUUACCCCCUAAGCUGAAGCCAAAUGAGGCCACCAACAUCCAGCCUUCUUCUAAAAGAGCCAGAAUUGAAGACCUGCCACCCCCCACCAAGAAGCUGACUCCAGAGCUGACGCCCUAUGUGCUGUUCACUGGCUUUGAGCCUGCUCAAGUUCAGCAGUACAUUAAGAAGCUGUACAUCCUGGGUGGGGAAGUUGCUGAGUCCACGAAGAAGUGCACGCACCUCAUAGCCAGCAAGGUGACACGCACAGUGAAGUUCCUGACGGCCAUCUCUGUGGUGAAGCACAUUGUGACCCCGGACUGGCUGGAGGAGUGCUUCAAGCGGCAGGCGUUUAUCGAUGAGCAGAACUACAUCCUGCGAGACGCUGAGGCGGAAGUGCUCUUCUCUUUCAGUCUGGAAGAGUCCUUAAAGCGAGCCCAUGUUUCUCCCCUCUUUAAGACAAAGUAUUUCUAUAUCACCCCUGGCAUCUGCCCCAGCCUUGCAACGAUGAAGGCGAUUGUAGAGUGCGCAGGGGGGAAGGUGUUAGCCAAGCAGCCAUCCUUCCGGAAGCUCAUGGAGCAUAAGCAGAACAAGAGUCUGUCAGAGAUCAUUUUAAUAUCCUGUGAGAAUGACCUGCACUUGUGUCGAGAGUACUUUGCCAGAGGAAUAGAUGUUCAUAAUGCGGAGUUUGUUCUGACCGGGGUGCUCACACAGACACUGGACUACGAAUCAUAUCCUUUACGCAGGUGCAGAGCGGGACAGGCGAGGAUGAAGGUGCAUUUGCAGGUGGAGAAAGGGCCACCAUGGUUCUUGUCACCUGACCUUUUCCUGGCUGUUACAGAAUGUACAGUCAGUGGCCCUUUUGAGAGUUCUGAGAAACUCAGGACCUGUCUGGCUUAUGCAGGUGUUUAAGGAUUUGACAGUUAGACCCCACAGGAAAUGACUGGAGUCAGUGCCUGGGGGCUGUGUUCUGCCCUCCAUAGCCAGGACGUAGGAAGUGACACGUCUCAACACAGCGUUGUAGUAAGUUGCAGGGUGUGGCUAAGUAAGUGUCUGAACAGCUAAGGGUUUUUCAGGCUUUUAGGAGAGAAGUAAAACCUGCCAGACAGUUAACAGUCCAUAUCACAAAAUUUCAGGUAUUAGUUUUAGAAGAACACAGAUUUUUUUUUUUUAAAGAUUGAUUUAUUUAUUGUAUAUUAGUGCUCUGUCGGCAUGUUCAUCUGCACACCAGAAGAGGGCAUCAGAUUCUAAUAUAGAUAGAUGGUUGUGAGCCACUAUGUGGUUGCUGGGAACUGAACUCAGGACCUCUGAAAGAGCAGAUGGUGCUCUUAACCACUGAGCCAUCUUUCCAAUCCCCAGGACACAGAUUUUUGAGAUGAGGUUUCACUCUGUAUUGCAUGUUGGCUUGGCACCACGUGUGGCCCAGGCUGGCUUCAGAGUGAUCCUGCUUUUGCCUUGAGUGCUGGGACUGCAGGCAUUAGCCCCCAUGCCCAGCUGAGUGGUUACUUUAAUGUGUGAAUAGCCUCCAGGUCAGAGUGCUGUCAUCCCUGUCCUUUCAUCUGUGUGGUGUUACCCAGCUGAGUGCAUUUCCCAAACACUUCCUCUUUAGCCUAGGAGAGCUCAGUAAAAUGUGAACCAGAAAGACCCAGCUGGGUGGCACUGGGUGGCAGGAGCCAGUAGGAGUGCCUGGCAGGGCUGCUCCUCUGGGCACCUGAGCUGGGGGAGUAACAGGAGGCAGGGUUGCUGCAGCAUCUGGUCUAGCACUUCCUCUUACGUCUUCUCUGGGCUUUUGAGAACAUAUGUCCCAUGCUUUUUCCAAAGGGAGAGUUGUUUUUCAGGUCACAUUGGUCAUCUUUGGGCCUGUUCCCAUAGCCCAGUGGUUCUCAACUUGCAGGUUUUGGCUCCUUUGGAGAGCAAAUGUCCCUUUACAGGGGUUGCAUAUCAGAUGUCCUGCCUAUCAGAAAUUUAUAUUACGAUUCAUCACAAUAGCAACAAAAAUAAUGUUAUGUUUGGGAGUCACCAAAACAUGAGGUAUUAAAGGGUUGUGGCAUUAGAAAGUUUGAGAACCACUGCUGGCCUAAAAGAUGCCCACAUAAGGUGCCCGUUUUUAGCUCUGACCAUAUGCUGGGGUCACCUAAGCAGGGUGGACCCUCCACCCAUGUGUCAAGUAGAGAGGCUGCGCCAUGGAUGCAGGAGUUUGAUCGGGCCUGGUGUUCUAACGUGCAACAGAACUGGAUAGCUUGAAUGAGGGAGGAGGUGGUCACUAGAACUACCUCUGUCACGUGGGGGCUCUGGCUUAAUGUGACCGUGUUGCCGCGUGUGUGAAGACCGUUUUCCUCAACAAGGCCACAUAUAAGUUUAACUGACAGCCUCGGGCCUGCUGCAAGCCUGGAGCCUGGAGCACAAGGGUAGCUGCUGGCAGCGUGCACACCAGACUCCCUCCCUGCAGAGGGCGUGUUUUCCAGCUCUGCCUUAGGGAGAGGCCUCUACCAGGAAAACAGAUGUAAUACUGACUGCAUCGUGUUAAGAUGUGUGAUCUUAUUCUAGGAAACAUAAAUUAUGUUUUGUAUUAUAUGCCUAAGAGCCCACAUUAAGUCUUUGGAUUAAUUUGCCAGGUUUCUAUGUGUUUUCAGAAAGCUGUAUGAAAUUUCAUCUACAAAUAAAAUGAUGUAAAUAAAGACUUUGCUGUCUAAAUUAUGGAUGUUAAAGAUUUGAGAUGUUUUUGUACUUUGAUUAUUUUUAUUUCUUACACUUUUCUUUUAUAUUGAUAAC